AUGGUCAGGAACCAUGCCAGCAUCCUCAGUGGAUGCCAUUUGGGCCGUCUUUGUGCACCUACAGACCGGCCCACAAUACUGGCCGUGUUGGGGAACGCCCUCACUCCUGUUAAUUCCCCUAAGAAGCCUAUUCUGCAGGAAGAACCGACUUCCCAUCCAUCCUUGGUAGACUUAGAUUCUGAGGCAAGCCCCCUGCCAUAUGCUGCUGCUGCACCACUCCGGCCAGAGGCAGCUGCCCCUCCUGUACCUCCCCAUUCAUCAGCCUCCCCGUCUGUACCCUCCGCCCCGGUCUCUGGACCGGCGAGGGGACUCAGGCCCCGUAGGCAGCAAGAAGAAAUUCUGGAGGAGGAGCCCUCCUCCACUUCCACUGCCCCCCCCCCCAUCCUCCCAGUGCGGGCUCUGGGCAGUGCUGGUCCUGAUGAGGGACACAUCUAUCAGUAUUGGCCCUUUUCAAGUAGUGACCUGUACAACUGGAAAGCCCAGAAUCCUCCUUUUUCUGAGGAUCCUAGAGGCCUGACUGAUCUGUUCGAGUCCAUUUUACAUACUCACAGUCCUACAUGGGAUGACUGUCAGCAGCUCCUUAAGACUCUAUUUACCACUGAGGAAUGGGAGCGGAUUCUCACUGAAGCCAGAAAGAAUGUCUCCAGCGACGACGGGCGACCAACUACCCUGCCAAACCUGAUUGAUGACCGUUUUCCCUUAAACAGACCCGAUUGGGACUAUGGGAACGCAGAAGGUAGGGAGCGUCUCCGGGUCUACAGCCAGACUCUUAUGGCAGGACUCCGGACGGCAGCUCGCCGCCCUACCAAUCUGGCUAAGGUGAAGACAGUAGUGCAGGGGGAGACUGAAAGCCCGGCCACAUUCCUCGAGCGCCUUUAUGAUGCAUACAGACAGUAUACCCCCCUAGAUCUACUAGCGGAGGUGAAUCAGUCAGCCAUGAUAAUGUCCUUCAUAAAUCAGGCUACCCCUGAUAUUAGGAAGAAACUAUAUAAGCAGGAACGACUUGGGGAAAUGACUAUCCGGGAUCUGAUGAAAGUAGCUGAAAAAGUUUUUAACACCUGA